GAGUCUGCCAUGGCGACGCCUGAUGACGGCGCUGCUCUUCCCCAGCUUCGGGGUGGCCGUCAGGUUAAUUUCUCGUGGAGACUUCAAUUUAGCUACAGCUUGAGGAUGUCUUUCCAGGCUGGAGAUGUUGUACCACUACUAGAGCGGACUAAUAUUCAGGAAUCCUUGACUAUGUUACUUAAACAGCUAGAAAAAGAAAAAAGGAGCCUUGAAAGUCAAGUGAAAGGCAACGCACAGAGAGAAGAACAAGAGUUGAAGAAAUAUCAUUCUGAUAUAAGAUACUACGGUGGCGUCCUGUUGAAAACCUUCCGUGACUUUGCAGUGCGUGAGGAUUCAGCAAAGGUGCGGUCUUACAAGGUCCCCUCUGACUCCAGCGCCUGCCUCUCAGUCACGGCCCUGCUCACAGCCCGUACGGCAGCCGGACCAGCAGCACAUGCGACCCCUGUGUCUGUCACGCUGCUUCGUACCUUCGAGCCCCUGGGCUCCUCCUCCGAGAAUGGCUCUCCUUGGCUCCCAGUCGGCUGCUCUUCCACGUGGAGCCCCCAAAGCCUGAAUCACAUGCAUCUGCUGAAUGCUUGCACAGUGCCGCGCAGACCUCUCCCAGGCAGUGAGCUGUAUGCGCUGUUCACUCCGGUGUUCCCCCAAAAGGCUGUCUCUGGCUCAUACCUAGUUUCUAAAAGGCAACAGAUGGAUCAACUGCCUAGAAUGAAAGAGAAUCUAGUGAAAAUGGGAAGAAGUCCGAUUAAUCAGAAGACAAUGAAUGGGAAGAGAGGACCAGUGAAAAAGAGUUCAAUGUCAAACCGUCUACCAAAACUCAGUCUGCUCCCAGCGCGCAGGUCCGCCUGCCGGGAAGCCGGGGGCUCGGCGGGGACGGGGCGCUGGUCGUUCCCGGCGGAGCUGGUUUUACGACGUGUCCGAGUGAAAUCAGGCGUCCAGGCAAACCCAAAGCGCUGGACACCGUGGGAGGCCGCCCCUCCCCCAGCCCGGGCGGUGGAAGGAUCUGGAGCCUGGAGGGACCCGCCCUACCGUCCCGGGGCUCAGGGGCCGGCCGCCGGCGCCGCGCCCUCGCUCACGGCCCCGCUUUCUCGACAGCUGCGUUUAGCCACGGGACAAAAUGAAAUGUUUCUAAAACUGUCAGUUUCUUCGUGGUUUGGAAACACCGGGGCAGCACCCGCCUCCCCAUCCUCUGCAUGCACUCGGAAGGCGGCGCGCCCCCGGCUGGCGCGGCGCGGGCUGCGGGCGCCGGCGGGGCGGCCCCGACGGCCGGGCCCGAGCGGCCGCUUUAAGCGCGGCCGGGCGCGUGCCCGCAGGUGCGGCCCCCAGGCCCUCGGCGCGCGGCGGGCGGGCGGCGCGAGGCGAGCGUCUGCGGGGAGGCCGCCCGGGGCGGCACCUGGACGACGCGCCAUGGCGGCCCCAGUGAGCGGCCGGGGGCUCGGCGCCGCCGGAGGCCAGGCAAAAAUAGACCUCUUACUAGUCGGCGAUGUCAGUGUCCGGUACCUGGCCGACAGUAUACAGAAAUUCUUCUCGAAUGUAGCAGAAGUCACCGUGACCAUCAGUGAUGUCAAGAAGGCAGCAGCAUUUCUGGAUAAGGGCACGUUCAACAUCGUCUUCCUGAAGAUGGCUUCUCUGCCAGCCGCCGAGGGGCUGGAAGCUGUCAAAUUAACCAGAUUUGGCAAGAAGAAAAAUACGGAUUUGCUGUUUGUUUUUAUAAUCCCUGAAAAUUUUAAAGGUUUUAUUUCAGGGCACAGAGCUGAAAUUACUCUAAUGGAACCACUGACAGUGGAAAAAAUGAAUAUUGUGUUGAAGUACUGGAAAACCUGUUUCUCCAAUACUGUUCAGAACGAAAACUCUGUGAAGCCUGAAGACUGUGGAUUGCCCCAGUACAAACCCUGCAGUGAACACCGAGGGCAUUAUUCCACCCAUCUGUUUCCCUGCCCUGAAUCUCUAGGAAAUGACAUUGGGCUUGAAUUAAAAGCUCCGUUGUCAGAUUUUGAGAAAAGCCAAAGGAUUUCUCUUCUUCAUUCAAGCAAGGAAAAGCUGAGAAGGGAAAAUAGUGUGUUGACAAGCACUUACUCACCUGCAAGAGGGAUCAGCUUCCUGGCUAAUAAGUGCUUCAAUGUCUACUCUGUCCCUGCCCCUGGGGGCUCCGUGGAGGAAGCCGUGAGAGGUCAGUGCAGCUCCACCUCAGAGACCGCUGUUGGUGAGAUGCAUAAACCUCAAAUUCCCAGCCCGGCGCUCUCUCUCAGUACCUUCCAUGCUGUCAGAUAUUACUCCAGAGUCAGCCCUGCCUACGAUGCUACAGUGGCAAAUCAGAGCAGUUCAGUCCAUUUUCCAUCGGCCACACCAGGAGUCCCCACGUCCCGGCCUCAGCACUGCAAUGCUGUGCCAGGCCAGAUGGGCACAGAACAGCCCAACUGUCCGUUCCCUCAGGUGUCUGGCAGUUUGGACAACUGGAAAAGACCUGGAAUUUGGGACCUGAAGACGCCUUUGAGUACCAGCCCUUCUACGUACAAACUUUGUGACUUUGGGACAGACACUGCCCUUGUCUAAACCUUAGUCUGCUCAUCUGUAAAAUGGAAAUAAUAAGAGUUUUAUAGGGGUCAGAUAAAAUAAUGAAUGAAAAAGGACAUUAGAACAUUAUACAAUGGUUUGGUAUGUGCGUGUUUUCAUACAGUAGAGUGUGACAAUUAGGAGCACACUUUUUGGAGUCAGACUGUAUUUACAGCCUGCUUCCCUAUUCACUGACCUUGUGACCAAGGACACAUGACUCUGAACCCUUUUUCCCCCAGGUUCAUUGUCUGUAAAAAUGGAGAUAACAAUAGCUAUAUUUUAGAAUCGUGGAAAU